GCUGCAGGGAUCGCCCGGUCGAAUUAGCCUCAUUGCACGUUUUCCAAGGAGUGGCGUUGGCCAAAGAGACUGGCUCCUCGCGUGUUUCUCAAGGGCCGCGACCGCCUUCUCCACCUCGCCACUUUCGACAUAUACUACUUAUCGAGCAACCGGAUAAUAAAAGAAAAAGCAAUUCCUUCUCCCAAACCCCAAGAGCGGGGAGGGGGGAAGAAGCACAGAAGCUAGAAUCGACCGCAAGCUUCAUAUUAGCCAUUCAACCCGCCCUUCUCGUUACCAUUGCGCCAAUUGACCGAAUCACAUACAGAGGUCGAUCCUUGUCGCCUCCAUAGCUCCAAACUUUCGGUUCCCUUGAAGCCACUGAUGAGCUUCCAAAGACACGGCGGUGAAUUUAUGACAAUCUCGAGAUAAGAGCGGCCAGAGGAGCCUUUGCCGAUAUAUCUUACCCUCCAUUCCUCUUUGAUUUCCCCGCCAUUGCAAUAUUUUCCUCUUUGGACUCAUAGCCGAAAUUGCUUUUUCUUUUUUUCUUUUUUCUUUGCCUCUGCUCCGUACUGGCUACUUGAUUGCUGGGGGCGCUUUGAAUGCUUUAGUCUCGCGCUGUGGUUGAUAGGUGCCAUCGCUUGAUGCUUUGGUCUUCACUCUCGUUUGUUCUUUUCCUCUCGUAAGAGAAGAUACGUCUCCAAGACUCUCCCGCUUGGGACAGACGGUUCGCGGUAUCAGGAGGAAGAAGUUCGGCAAAGACGCUUUGCAACUAGGUGUCGUUCUUAGAAAAUGGCGGACGUCCUGGCACCUCCAUAUCACCACUCUACUUCACAGCUCUGUCCUCAUGCAGGAGGUCAUUCCCAAAAGUCUCAUCUGCGGCCUGUAGGCCGCAUGAAUUCGCUGUCCUAUUGUCCAACCCGGAAGGCUUGGAUUCCCAAUGCGUACAGCGUGCCGUCACAGGUCUCAAUCUCUGGGGUGUAUUCGCCAUCAACGAGUAGCCUUCUUGAAUAUGAACCUGAGCUUCGGGAUAACGAAUUGGUGUUUCCGGAUUAUGAUCCUAGCCCCGACACCAACACGGACGAUGCGCAGCCCAGAAAGUCAACGUCUGACUCGAAACCGACGUCGGUCCGAGAUGACGAUGAUUUGUCUUCCGAUAUAUCUGAGGAACCAAGGACAGCCGGGGACGACAGCUGCGUAGAGCGGCGACCCACAAGGCAGGUCGAUUACCUUACCCAUGACUGGAAGGAUGAAGAAAUCUGGGGAUCAUGGAAAUAUAUGAAACGCAACGGAGGUUCUUUUCGAACUGGCCAGAGAUUAGAGAACGCUGCAUGGAGAUCAUGGACGAAAUCCUUCUACCGCCUCAGAACUAUUACACCCGAGUCCCUAAACUGGCUGAAAGAUGCCGACGUUACUUGGCUUUUUGGACCUUUACAGGAGGAUCACACGUCCUAUUCGUCCAGCCCUCCUCCGGCUUCUACGACUACAUCCACCUCCAACUCUUACCUGAGCCGAAAACCUAUCCUCAAGAAGACAUCCGUGUCUCAAGCCAUCCUCCAACAUUCGCUUUCCGCCAGUUCCCUCCUCCAACACAACUCUAUCAUCAAAUCCCAGAGCGAAGAUUUUCGUUUAGGAUUUAGUAGGACAGUUUCAGAUACGACUGUGCGUACCGCACACAUGGGAAGCUCACUACGAGCUACCAGAUCUACAUUAUCGACUACAGCUUCCGAUAUGCCGUCUCCCGGUAGCCGACGACACAUCACUUUUAACAGGGUGGUGUCGCAGGUGGUUGCGGUGGGGCGCGAGGACGAGGAAGAUGAAGACGACGAUGAGAAUUAUUCCUAUUCCGGCGAAUACUGCUUAUUGGACGAUGACGACUCUGAAGCUACCUUGGUCACAAUGAAGCAACUACAUCCACGGCGCUCAUUGAGCAGCACGCCAAGGAGCAGCUUCAGCAGCGACACCCGGACAAUCAUUGCGCAUCUACCGCCAACUACGUUAAAGUUCGAUAGCGAUUCCGAAACCGAGGACGAGGCUCAAUACUUUCGCUGGUCGGGAGAACGUGCAUCGUUCUAUCGAUCGGCCUCCACUGAUACUAUCAAGGUGCACGACACAGGAGAGGUUGAGACGUACCCCUCGAGUGAACAUCUCGAGUACGUUGAGUCCGAUAACGCUUACAGCUGGCCUUUUAAAAGCACGCUAGCGGAUGUCCUGCCCUCCUCUCCAAGUCCCCCAGCCUCACCCAGUGCCUCGGAGGCCCUCACAGACGAUAAUGGGGACGAAGAGUGGUAUCUUUCGUCAUCAGGAGUUUUCAUGCCAUGUGCACAUGGGGAGCUCGCAAAAAGCGAGGAGGCUGAGGGCGACCGUCGCGCUCCCUAUGAUCUGCUUGGCAAAGCUGUUGACGUAGCUAACACCCUCCGAGAUGUUGUUCAUGUUCUUUGGAACGUCGGUUGGAGGCCCUGA